GCGAAAGGGCAAGUUCCCUCCUUUUCAAUCCAUAUACAAAUAAUCUAUCAUGGAUUCUUCUUCUUCAAAGACUCCCGUCAAGCUCGCUAGAGUCACAAAGGUUCUCGGUCGUACUGGUUCUCGUGGUGGUGUCACUCAAGUCCGUGUUGAAUUCAUGGAUGAUACCAACCGUUCCAUUAUCCGUAACGUCAAGGGUCCCGUUCGUGAAAACGAUAUCCUCUGUCUCUUGGAAUCCGAACGUGAAGCCCGUCGUCUCCGUUAAAGACUUUCUCUGUUUCCCAGCAACCCCUUUUUCUUUUUCUUUUCUCUCUUUAAUAAACCUUUUUAUUUUGAAUUAGAA